ACACAUCGGAUUCUCUCCUGGAGGUCUUCGGUAAACCCGGCGCCGGUGCGCCGAAGAAGACGGCUUCCGGUAUGCUGCGCGCGCGCGUGCGCCGUGACCCGGAACUGUACUUCCAGUCGGGGUCAUCGUCGAACGGCAUCGAUACCAGACGCUAUGCGGUCAGCGCUGACGCCGUGAGAGAGUACCAGCAACAACUCGACACCUUUAUAGAUUGCAAACAGAAGGCGAUUAGCAGCGAGAAGGAAGAGAAGGUUAAACAGGAGAUGGAGACCCUCUCUUACAACCCUUACGGAAAGCCCGGUGCGGGGGCACCUGUUUCCUCAGCUCAUCCAGGAGCGCGACCGGAGCUGCAGAACGAUACGUCUAUCUACGAGACGCUGUGUAAGG